CCGCCGCCUCUUGUCACACCCGGAGUGGCCCGCCAUCAGCCACAGCGGAGCGAGGGGGGAGGGCAAGAGCUGUCAUGCGCAGGGCUCCUGUCUUACAUCCAACUAUUUGUAAGUGGUAGACGGAACUGUGUAGCCCCCGCUCAUGUAGCUCUAGUGGCCUGCAGAGCUAUUGGUAUAGUCUAGUCUCAUGUAUCGGGCACGGCUAUGCUUGUAGAGACAGGCAUAGUGUAAGUACCUAGCAUACUGUGAGCUAGAGAUACCCUUAGACUCUAUACCUUCAUCUGAGUGUGCAGACAGAUCAGCUACCUGCGGAUUCCACCUUGAAAGAGAAAGCAGCUUUGUUGUAUAGCCUUAUAUUCAGAUGAGCUAGGUGUGGAACCAUACUGCUAUCCUGGAUAUCACUGUGGGAUACAGAUGCUUUUAAAGUGUGCCUCGCAACUGGCUACAGCUACCAUUAGAGUCUUCUUACUGUGUGUUCUCCAGUUCCGAUAAUUUAUUACGAUACAUAUUUCACGCAUAAAAUACAUUUAUACAUCGAGGUAACCUCAACAUUUCUUCCUGCAUACGUAGUUACCGGUAGAAAAAAAAAACGUGUGAACAACUCUCGUGGAAUAGUUUUUAAGUCGGAGCCACUCGCCUGCAAACCCACGUGUGCAGAAACUGUGUCAAGAAUAUUGCUACAAGAAAAUAUUCAUACACCAUGACUCGGAUACUCGUCACAAGUCUGAUUGUCUUGUGGUGUGUGCAACAUGCUGAGUGCGACUGUAACCAGAAGUAUGUGGUCAUGAGCAAUGAUGUGCGCUACAUCACAUCGCCUAACUAUCCCGGCAACUUUACCCAACCUACAGACUGUUAUUAUGAGAUUUCCACGUCAUCAAGCGAGGUGGGCACUGUCGUGUACUUGGAGGUUGUUGACGUCACGUUAGCUUGUGACGACAGCCGGUCGAGACUAGAUGUCUAUGACGGUUUCUCGAGAAAGCCUCGUCAUCUUGGACAGGUCUGUCAAGGCGGGAAAACAACAUUCGAGAGCCCAAAGCACGUUCUCUACCUCAUUUUCCGUUCCCGCACUGUUUUGUCCCACGGCUUCCGGCUCCGGGUCAGCGCUAAGCCCAAAUACAGCCACUGUUACACUCAAAACACCUUGAUGUUGAAUGCGACUGAUACACCUGACGUUCUUGUCUCACCAUUCUACCCAUACGAGAUGGACCAGAACCUCAACUGUCGUUGGCUGCUGAUGGCUCCAGAAGGCAGUAGAGUUAAAGUCACUCUGUUGGAUUCGAACAUGAAAGGUUCACUUGGCUGUUAUAACUUUGGUCUUUUUGUGUAUGAUGGCAAAACCUCCGAUGAAGAUUUUCUGGUGGCCAAGGUGUGCAAUACCACCAGGCUGAGCCUUAUGAGCACUGGUUCCUACCUGCUAGUUGUCUUCACUUCCAGUCACAUGGUCUAUCAAAGUGGCAGUGGCAUCCGACUGCAGUACAGCGCUGUCCCCGCUCCAAGAGAUGACAGUAUGUUACCAAGAGAUGACAGUAUGUUACCAAGAGAUGACAGUAUGUUACCAAGAGAUGACAGCCACAGUCAGCAGUUGGUGGACCAAACUGUCUUCUUUGUCAUCGCGUCUUUCUUACUUGUCAUCACCACCGGCUUUUUUCUCACCGCUGUCAUGAAGAUCUUUAUUUUGCCACGUCGGAGGCGAUCAGUCGAGGGGAGGCGACGUGUGUGUAGGCUCAGGACGACAGACAGCCAGACCCAGCUCCUGCACUCUCUCGCUCCCCUCGGACAACUGCCCUCUCUACAUCUCUACAGCGCUGGCGCUGCAGACACUGACGACCAAAACUCGGAGGGACCGCAGCAGCAGCAUCAGCAGCAGCACGCACACCAGUGUCAGGCGUGCGGCAGCUGCACGCGCAAGUGUGGCGGGCGGCACGUGCUGGUCUGCACCACGGCCAGCAGCGGCGUGUUGCUGAGCCUGGCGUCCUCACCUGACUACAUGACGGGGGCCCCUUUAGGACCUCCCCCCUCUUACAAGGAAACCUUAAGUCAGCAGGCAGUGCUAGCUGCAGUCUAACAGCAUGGAAGGAAAUGGUGAGCGGUUUCACGUGACGUCAUCAAAACAUGCGUGGAGGACAGCUGGUCUCUGAUCGCUUAGUCGCUAAUUAUCAAAGGUGCUACUGCUAAUCAUAAUAAUUACUUUUGUGGUGCUUUUAAGCUUGAACAUUUGCCCAGCCUACACUGCCUUUAAUUUACAGUACUUGUACACAGAAUCAAAAGCACAUUUGACUGUUGUAGGCGAUGGAGUAGAUCAGCUGUUGCCAUUUUGACACUUGAGAACACCUAUCAUUAUUUUCAUUAAAACUGAAGUUUCAAUGGAUAACGAAAUUACUUACAUGCUGUAAUACUAACUGUAUUUUAUCCUUGUUCAACGAGAGAAUGUUUCUGCGGGUCUUUUGAUUUGCUUACCCAUUUACUGCUAUCACAAAACAAUACUGUGUGUGUGUGUGUAUGAAACUAUCAGAAUGAAAAGUUGUAUUUGAGACUUUUCAUUGGAUAAGUGAAUUAUUCUACGAAAGAUUGUAAGUAAAUUACUCGGAAAAAUGGUAAAUAAAUUAGACUUUGUUUAAUAUCCACUUGCAAAACAUAGGAGUGUGUUCUAGUGUCAAAAAUUGUACACUAUAUACAGCUUUCAGAGAGAUCGUAAAAGUCUUGUCCACCCAUACAACCACAUACCCAUUAUCAAAGGCUCAGAAGAAAAGUACAGUAUGUGCAUGAAGCUUAUAUAUUUUUCAACUUCAGUUUAGGAUGUUUCUUCCCAAACAGCAUUGGGGCAGCCCUUCAAUUUCUAUAAAACAGGCAGACGCAUCUGAAGUGUCUGAAAUUUUUCGUGAUGACAGACAUGUCCUGCCAAGAGAAUCUUUCCAGCUCCCAUCGGAUCGCCGAUUCUGUGUACCUGUAUGCAGGACUAACAGACUGAGGCUGUCCUUCACUGUUUCGGCCGUGCGAAAUGAAUGUUACUGAGUGUCAAUGAAUGCAGCUGCGUGCACUAUGUAUGGAUGAGUCUGUUUGGAGGAUAUGAAUGUUUCGGUAAUAUGUUGUGGUAUUGUUGUGUGCUUUGACUGUCACUAAUUGCCUUCUGGGAUAAAUAAAGUGUUGCAUUGUCUUA